AGAAAAACAGAUUUGUCUCGGCUUCCUCAGUUUGCUUUCCGGGUUUACUGGAUGGGAAGUUUCCUGUACAGUAUUUGUCACAGACACACGCUGUAUUCAGUUUUAGUCAUGGGCUGACAUACGGUAACAGCACUUUAAAUCCUCUGUGCAGAGUGGCAUCAAAGAAAAGAACUUGAACAGUUGCACCUUCUGAAUCCCAGCAGAUAUGGCAAGCAUGGUCACUGCUAAAAGUCUGGACUACAUCGACCUGGCCUCUUUGAGAGAACCAGCUGGAAUAUUUGAGCUAGUGGAGGUGGUUGGAAAUGGAACAUAUGGACAAGUCUAUAAGGGAAGGCACGUUAAAACUGGACAACUUGCAGCGAUUAAAGUGAUGAAUGUAACAGAGGAAGAAGAAGAGGAAAUAAAACUUGAAAUAAACAUGCUGAAGAAGUAUUCCCAUCAUAGGAAUAUUGCCACAUAUUAUGGGGCAUUUGUAAAGAAAGGUUUGGCAGGCCAGGAUGACCAACUAUGGCUGGUGAUGGAAUACUGUGGAGCUGGCUCAGUUACAGAUUUGGUGAAAAAGACCAAAGGUAACUGCUUCAAAGAAGACUGGAUUGCAUACAUCUGCAGAGAAGUUCUCAGGGGUUUGGCACACCUCCAUGCGCACCAUGUAAUUCAUCGGGAUAUUAAAGGCCAAAAUGUUUUGCUGACAGAAAAUGCAGAAGUAAAGCUGGUGGAUUUUGGUGUGAGUGCUCAGCUGGACAGGACCAUAGGGAGAAGAAACACUUUCAUUGGAACGCCAUACUGGAUGGCACCCGAGGUCAUAGCAUGUGAUGAAAACCCAGACUCAACAUAUGAUUACAGAAGUGAUCUCUGGUCUUUGGGAAUAACGGCAUUAGAAAUGGCAGAGGGAUCUCCACCCUUGUGUGAUAUGCACCCUAUGAGAGCCUUGUUCCUUAUCCCUAGAAACCCUCCACCAAAGCUGAAAUCAAGGAAAUGGUCAAAGAAAUGCAUUAAUUUUGUCGAUAGCUGCCUAAUUAAAAAUUACUCCCAACGACCCUCCACUGAAACUCUGCUGAAGCAUGCUUUCGUUCGAGACAUACAGAAUGAAAGGCACAUUCGCAUAAUGCUUAGGGACCACCUGGAUAGGACAAGGAAAAAGAAAGGAGAGAAAGAUGAAAAUGGUUAUGAAUAUAGUGGGAGUGAGGAAGAAGAAGAUGAACUCAACGAAGAUGAAGGAGAACCAAGCUCCAUUGUUAAUCUUCCUGGAGAAUCGACUCUGCGUCGUGAGUUCUUGCGACUGCAGCAGGAAAACAAGAACAGAUCAGAUCCUCAGAGACCGCAGCAAUUACAGCAACAGCAACUGAAGGACCAGGAGAAAUACAAAAUGCAGCUCCAGGCUGAACGCCAAAAGCGCAUCGAGCAGCAGAAGGAGCAAAGGAAAAAGCUGGAGGAUUACCAAAGAAAAGAAAGAGAUCUGCAAAUGUGCCAGGAAUACCAGCCAAGAUGGCCAGAGAUGAAGGAAAAUGUAAAAAUUGAAGGAAAAAGAAGAGAAGACAGGAAGCGUCCAGAACAGGAGAGGUGCCUUUUUACAGAUGCACUUGAUAAAAAUAACAAGAAACAGCAAGAAAAUCUAAAGCAUAAACUGGAUUAUGCAGAGAAGAAGACGACAGAAGUGUCACAGUAUGGAGGGAAGUCAGAGGAAAGCCAAACCCAAAAGAAAUUUCAUCGAACCUUACCCAAGGAUCAGACACAGCUACUGUUUCUCCAGCAUGAUCACAAAGAGAAGAACCUUGAACCACAAAAUAAUAUCUCAAAUCAUAUAUCUGUUGGCAUCAGUUUGGAGGUGCAAGAAAAGAUAAAGAGCAGUGUUGAUCAGAGUAACAUGAAAUGGCCAGUUCUUAUGCACCCAGUACACACCAGGCUUGGCUCAGGAAGCAGUUCCAGUCCAUGCACUCCAGCUUUACCCCGAGCUGUACUACCAGAGAAUCAAAAUCUCCGAUCCAGCAGAGACAAUCACUACAGUAGCUCCCUGUCUGAUAUGGUCAUAACUCCGCUGACUCCUGGAAAGGAUGAUGUGUUCUGGGAGACCAAAUUCAAUGAAGUACCUCCCAAGGUUCCUUUACGAACUACAUCUAAGUUUUACAACAAAAAUAUCCAAGGCCACCAGAGAUGUCCAUCUGGCAGUAUCCUUCAGCCACCUCCAAAGGAACAGCCUGAAAAAUCCCGCAGCAGUCGAGGUUCAGCAGGAAGCAGCACCCAAGGCAACAGAUUACCAUCAGGGUCCUCUAAAGAGAGUCAUGUUCUUCAGAAACACCUCCUUCCGCAGUUCAGAAAACCAGAAAAUGAAGUACAUCCAGAUGCCCACAAGAAAUUGAGUCCGAAUUUCAUAGGCAGAGAGAAGGACAGUCCAAGCUUAAAAGUGUCAUAUUAUUCAUCAUCCAGUGAUGAGAUGGGCAGCAGUGACGAUGAUGUACAGAAGAAAAGGAAACUACUGAGCAAUGGCAUGAAUGUAUCAAGGCCAAGAAUCCCUGACGGAGUUACAGAGAAAGCUCAAACAAACAUACUUGAAGACAAGGUAGCUGAAAAGCAAAGUUGUAGCAACAACCAUGAAAACUGGAGCUCCUACAAUCAAAAUUAUCUCCUGCCAGAUCUCUUACAACAGAGCCAUCUUUCAGAGACUUCAGUGAUUCCACAUAAAACUCCUCAAAACUACCAGGGACUAUUGAACAAAUCUUUGAAUGAUCAGGCCCCUUGUGGUGAAAAUGUGCAGCAGAAAAAUAGCUCAUCAUCCACUGCAUCAUUUAGCCCAUUUAUUGACCCAAGGCUUUUUCCAGUGUCUCCCCCAACAAGCCCAAGUGGAUCUUCUCCUGUCUCAAAAUUGGAACCUUUCCAGAGAGAAAAUGCAAGAAAAGGAUCAAUUGUCAAUGUCAAUCCAACGAACAUUCGACCUCAAAGUGACAGCCCAGAGAUUCGGAAGUAUAAGAAGAAAUUUAAUUCUGAUAUACUUUGUGCAGCUCUCUGGGGUGUCAACCUGCUGGUUGGAACAGAACAUGGCUUGUGGCUAUUGGACAGGAGUGGACAGGGAAGGGUUUAUCCACUCAUUAGCAGAAGACGAUUUUAUCAAAUGGAUGUCCUGGAAGGUCUAAACAUUUUGAUAACUAUUUCAGGUAAGAAGAACAAACUAAGGGUAUUUUAUUUAUCUUGGCUGAGGAACAAGAUCCUGCGGAAUGAUCGAGAUGUGGAGAAACGGCAAGGCUGGGUAUCAGUAGGAGAUUUGGAAGGCUGUGUACACUACAAAGUUGUUAAAUACGAGAGAAUAAAAUUUCUAGUCAUUGCAUUGAAGAACUCAGUGGAAGUAUAUGCAUGGGCACCAAAACCAUAUCAUAAAUUUAUGGCUUUUAAGUCAUUUUCAUCUCUUCAUCAUAAACCAUUGUUCGUUGACCUUACAGUGGAAAAUGGUCAGAGGCUGAAGGUUAUAUAUGGCUCAUCAGUGGGAUUUCAUGCAAUUGAUGUUGAUUCUGGAGCAGCUUAUGACCUUUACCUUCCUACACAUAUCCAAGGGAAUAUUCACCCACACGCUAUCAUCAUUCUGCCCAACACAAAUGGCAUGGAACUGUUGGUGAGCUACGAAGAUGAAGGAGUUUACAUUGAUACAUAUGGACGCUUCACAAAAGAAACUAUUUUGCAGUGGGGGGAAAUGCCUGCCUCUGUUGCAUACCUCCAGUCUAACCAGAUCAUGGGUUGGGGAGAGAAAGCAAUUGAGCUUCGGUCAGGUGAAACUGGAACCUUAGAGGGUGUCUUUAUGCACAAGAAGGCUCAAAAGCUCAAAUUUCUAUGCGAAAGAAAUGACAAGGUGUUUUUUGCUUCGGCGCAAUCUGGAGGCUGCAGUCAGAUUUAUUUUAUGACGCUUGGACUAAAUGCCAUGUUCAACUGGUAAACCCAAAACUGCAUCUCUUGGAUAGCAAAACUGAUUGUUGUCAGAGGUUGUGCUUAUUGUUAAAUGGGGCAUAAGCUUUCCUUAAAACUAGACUCUCUUGCCUUAACUCUCCAAAGUAGGUGUCUCAACCUUAAGUACAGGUGUUGCUUUGAGAAUCCAUCUCUACUAUUGCUGGAUGACAGAUUUAAGCAUUGAUAAUAUGCUGUAAAAUGCUGGGUGCUAUAGGGCAGCAACAUUUGGAUGGAGCAACAUUGCUAUGGAAGGUUUGUUACCUUUACACCACAAGCUGACAUCCUGCACAUGAUGGAAGUGUUUAUUUGACGUCAUCUUUCAAAAUAGAUGCACUGGAAAUUGUAGCAUUCAAAUAUUUAUGAUCCUUGGUGCUAUGUUGUGAUCUUGCACACAUACCAACCAUAUUAGCAAUAUUUUGGAAACAUAAAUAUGUUGGACUGCCUGACCACGCAUCCUGUGAGAUGUACUGUAUUAUUUCACAAUUAUUAUUAUUAUUAUUAUAGUUUAUUUAUAAAGCAUCAACAUAUUUUACAGCACUGUAAUUGCAGGGACCACAAACAGUACAACAACUUACAAACAUACAGUUUAUUAAAGCUGAUAUAACAGGUUUGUGUCCUAUCGUGCCUAGAAUCCUCUGUUACCCAUUUUAAUAAAUUGAAUUUGCUCAGUCUAUCAUUUUAAGAGCACUAAAUUAAUUCUGAAUUCCUAACUACGAGAUGUUGCACUUUUUUGGUGGCUGGUCUGUAUGUACCAACUAAGCUAUGUUGACACUGUAAUGAAAAAAUAUAUCUUACUUGAAGGACAUGCAGUUCUAUUACAUUUCUGAGGUCCUGUAUCCUGCAAUGUAAAAUAUGAUUGUAAUAUAGUUUGAGUGACAUUUCGGUUUUCAAAAUUAAUGAAGGCAAAAUGAACCAAUCAUGCACACAAAUACAAAUCACUUUGGCAAAUGUAAAUAGUUCUUUAAUAUGCAUGCCAAUGUGAUUAAAUAAAUAUAAAAAAAGAAAACUUAUAAAUCCAACAUAUAUUAUAUAGUAAAUGUUCAAAGAUAAAGGUUAUAUAAUUCAAUAUGAUUAUGAGGAGGCAGUGCAAAUUUUAGUUAGCUUCAGUCUGCUGCUGGGCUGUCAUAUAAAAAAAAAUAAUUCAAAAAUUUCUGAACCAUGUUAUGAAAAUAUCACAAAUCUUUACCAGUCCAAUUUUUGCUUUUACUGUAAUACAAUUCAUAAACUUGAAUUAUAACUUUGAAUCAGGUAUUUAUUAAGCAAAACAAAAACGUGAAAAACUCGGAUGUAAAACUUCGACAUCUUAAAGCUUGCAAGGUCAUAAAUAAAUAAAGCUAGUUUUAGCUUGCUAUGAGGGAGAAAGUACAAACAGGUAAUAUAUAAAUGCAAUAAAUGUAAAAUGUGAUGUUAGAUUAAUUUAUCUGUGCAUACACAUUUCUUUUAAUGGUAGCAUCAUCUAUAUGUCUUCCUUUCUGCUGGUCAUUCUGUCCUAAGCAAGUUUUACUGUGCUUUAAACUAUAUCAGUCUCCAAGACGACAGUAGGCUGUAAGCUUCUAGAAAUUGCAUUACGGGAGAGACCUGUCACUUCUUAACUGCAAAAUUCAUGGUAAAGUAAUUAUCUUCUAUUGUGCAGUGUCCAGAGUAGGACAAUAGCAAUUAGCCCACGCAUGUCCAAAGUGCGGCCCGGGGGCCAAAUGUGGCCAGCCUUCAAAUUUACACCGGCCCUCACCCUCCAUCAUGAAAUUAAUAAUAAUGCAGCCCGCCAGCACAGUGAAAUCAGGAAUCACCUAGCCGUAAUAUUUGGGCACAUUAGUGAAAUGAUCUGCCCCUUGGUCUAUACUGCUGCCUGUGUGCUGAAG